AUGCUGACAGGCCGCCGGUCCUUGACUAUUGCUGGUGCCUGUCUUUCUACCUUCGGUUCUCGGAGGAGAGUGGCAUCCCUGCCCUGCAACACUUGCUCCAGCGAGAGGAGUGGACCGCGGCAUCCGCGACCCUUGCUUACGCUCCUAUGCUUUCAGGCACAGCCGCCGGCCUGGUUGACCAUGGCUCUUUCUGUGGAGACCGAGUCGCACAUCUACCGAGCUCUACGCACCGCCUCUGGGGCUGCUGCCCAUCUUGUGGCCCUGGGCUUUACCAUCUUUGUGGCAGUGCUUGCCAGGCCUGGCUCCAGUCUGUUCUCCUGGCACCCCGUGCUCAUGUCCCUGGCUUUCUCUUUCCUGAUGACGGAGGCCCUGCUGGUGUUCUCUCCUGAGAGCUCGCUGCUGCGCUCCCUCUCGCGGAAAGGCCGAGCCCGCUGCCACUGGGUGCUGCAGCUGCUGGCCCUGCUGUGUGCGCUGCUGGGCUUGGGCCUUGUCAUCCUCCACAAGGAACAGCUUGGCAAAGCCCACCUGGCCACCUGGCAUGGGCGGGCAGGGCUGCUGGCUGUGCUGUGGGCAGGGCUGCAGUGCUCAGGUGGGGUGGGGCUCCUCUACCCCAAACUGCUGCCCCGAUGGCCCCUGUCCAAGCUCAAGCUGUACCAUGCCACCUCUGGGCUAGUGGGCUACCUUCUGGGCAGUGCCAGCCUCUUGCUGGGCAUGUACUCACUCUGGUUCACUGCCACGGUCACUGGUGGAGUCUGGUACCUGGCUGUGCUCUGCCCUGUCAUCACCAGCUUGGUCAUCAUGAACCAGGUGAGCAAUGCCUACCUGUACCGCAAAAGGAUUCAGCCGUGAGCUCUUCGCAGCCUCGAAGCCUGGACUUGCCCCUCAUGCAGGAGCUGGCGCUGGGACACUGUGGACUCUCUCAACUGUCUAGGUCACAGGGACACCUCAGGCCCUGGGCACUCAGAGGCGGAGUCCUGUGUGUGGCAUCUGUGCUUGCUCCUCACACUGGAGUGCCUCCUCCCCCCCCCCCCUCUCUACCGUCCCAAAGGAGCUCAUGGAUUGUGGGUCUGGAUGAAACUGUGGUUGCAAGAUUGCCUCCCCAGCAACUCAGCUCAUACUUGUAUUGGUAUGUCCAGAAAUUACAGGACAAAAAAUUAAAAUAAAAAUUAAAAAAGACGGGAAAGACUGGAUGGGGAGAAUAGCCCAGAGCUGGGGAUAGUUCUAAGACCAUCAGGAUGAAAAAGGGGGCGCUGGGUGCCACGGGACCCUGUUCCUGGCUGCUCACUGCGGAACUGACGCUCUUCCAGCGCACAAGCCCCAGGAUCUGGCUGCCCAGAGGCCCAUGUUACCCAAGGCUCUAGAAAGCCCUCAGGCUGUGGCUGUGAAUGUACCGCCGUGUCCUUUCAGCCCCCCAGCUGCCCACUGUGCUGGGCAAUGACAAGAUGGGAGCGGGAUGGCUGGCUCCUAGGUGUCAAGCACUGAGCACUGGUCCUGGAGGUGAGCCCUGGAUAAGAAUUCCUGAGGAUAGAGAAGCCCUCAGUCCUAAGAUCCCCUGGGCAGGGCCUCUGCAUGGGGACAGGAGGGAGAAAGAAAAUGAGUACGGGUGUGAGGUGACAGUGGGCAUGUGGUUGGGGAAGGGAGAGGGGGGCAAUG